AUCAAGCAAAAGGAAGCAAGUAUAUCUUAUCAGCCUGUUAUCACCUCAAGACAACUCGAAUGCCAGUCCAUUAAUGCUGCCUUCACUUCUUGUCGCCUGCCCAACUCGAGACUGAAAAAUGGCCCUCGGAGUGCUACCACUGCUGAUAGCUGCGGCUGCAGCUUUUAUGCUUGUUCGAUUUUUUAUGUUUGUUUUCUCUAAACCAUCUUCAACCAACCCAUUUGAAAAACGAUGCACUGCAGAAAUAAGGCCUAAAGUCAUUGAUCAGAAACAGAGAGAUCAAGUUCUUAAGCAAGGGUUUAGCAAAGAUAAGGUGCCAAAGGGAUUAGACGCAAUAGUAAUAGGCAGUGGGAUUGGAGGUCUCUCAACGGCUGCUUUAUUAUCAAAAGCUGGAAAGAAAGUGCUGGUAUUGGAACAGCAUGAUCAGGCUGGAGGUUGCUGUCAUACUUUUAUUGAUAAAGGGUAUGAGUUUGAUGUUGGAAUUCAUUAUAUUGGUGAAAUGCAUUACCAAACCGAGUCUAAAACAUAUUUGGAUCACAUUACUAAUAGACAGCUAGAGUGGGCACGUCUAGAGGAUGAUUUUGAUGAAGUAGUUUUUGCUGAAAAGGAUAAGGAAUUUCGUAGAUUUCCCGUCUACUCAGGAAAACGAAAUUGGGCAACAAGCCUCAAAAAGCAUUUCCCAAAUGAAGCAGCUGGCAUUAACAAAUUCUUCGACUUAAUGGAUGAAGUACGAAGCAGCAACCGUACUGCAAUGUGGGUAAAAUUCAUUCCUCUUUGGUGUGUGAAGAUCUUAGAGACAACUGGACUUAUUAACUUGUUCACAAAUUUCUACAAAUGGAAUUCAUUGACAGUCAGAGAUGUGUUGUUAGACUUAAUAAAGAGUCAGGAGCUGAGAGAUAUUUUGUGUUAUAAUUUUGGAGAUUUUGGUACUCCCCCAAGCAAAGCUGGUCUUCCUAUGCAAACACUACUUCAUACACAUUUUGCUGAAGGUGCUAGUUAUCCAGUUGGGGGAGCAUCAGAGAUUGCAUUUCAUAUAAUUCCAGUUAUUGAAGAAUCUGGAGGCAAAGUUUUAGUCAGAGCUGAGGUUGAGAACAUUUUAUUGGACUCUGAGAGUAAAGUGUGUGGAGUAAAAGUGAAAAAAGGAACUUCAUCUGUGCAUGUCAAUGCACCUAUGGUCAUUUCAGAUGCAGGUGUUUACAACACAUUCAAGAAGUUGUUGCCUGUGGAGGUAGCAUCAUCAUCAAACCUGUGGCCCUUGUUUAAGAGAUGUGAUUCUGGACCUGGUUGCAUGUCAGUCUUUGUGGGCCUUGAUUGCUCUGCUAAAGACCUUGACAUAUGUCACCGGAAGAAUAUUUGGGUCUUUUCAGGCAAUGAUAUUGAUAAGUUGACCCUCAAUUACUUAAACAUGACUCGUGAGGAAGCAGAAAAUGUUGAUUUACCCCUUGUCUUCAUAUCCUUUCCUUCGACAAAAGACCCCGAAUGGGAUAAGAAGUAUCCAGGCAAAACAACAAUGGCUCUAGUAACAUUUCUUCCAUAUGAAUGGUUCUCAGACUGGGAAAAUGAACGUGUCAAUAAAAGAGGGGAUGAGUAUGAAAGCAUCAAGAAUGUUUUUGGUUAUAAAGCUAUAGACCAGGCAUGCAAACUAUUCCCAUCUAUUAAGGAUCAUAUUGAUUAUGUAUCAGUUGGAACACCUGUGACAAACAAACAUUACCUUGCUGCACCAAAAGGGGAAAUUUAUGGACUAGACCACACUUCUGAAAGAUUCUCAUUGUGGAAUAAUGCACUGUUAAGGCCUAAGACUGAUAUACCAGGACUUUUCCUGACUGGACAGGAUAUAUGUUCAUGUGGAUUUGCUGGAGCUCUGUGGGGUGGAUUUCUCUGCACAGGAGCCAUUUUACAGCGGAAUGUUAUGAAUGAUUUGACUGAAUACCAUCGGUGCAUCACAUCAGAGGCAGGUCUAAAGAAAAAGUGUUAGACUUUAUGUUGAAGAGUCUACUCACCCAAAAGAGCUUAUUACAAUUUUCUUGUCCCUAAAGGUGGCAUCACACAUGAAUAUUUUUUCCAGAAAGAGCAGUGCUUUAACCAGCAGUAACAUUUCACUAUCAUGCUUCGGAGAUCGAGAAAGAGCAAAGCCUUCACAGUCACUGAAUAGCAUUGGAUAUUUCCUUAAGUUACAUUUGUUGUCUUCAUGGAAGGCAAUAUGAAUGUAGCUAGAUCAGCAAACCUUAGCAAGGACUGUAGUAAUUGAAAUUUUUAAGCAAAAAAGUUAAUAGGAUACAUAUGAUAGUUCAUAUUAACAAGUCAUUCCAAACUAGUGUAUUUAGGAGUUACAGUGAAUUUUAUUGUGACUGGCGGUUUGAUGAGGGGAAAGUCAGUCAACUUUGACAUGCACAAUUCUGCCUAGACACUGCAGGAGUGUUAAUUCUGCUGAAAAAAAUUGUAGCAUAAUACCAUCUUUAUUAAGGCAUUGCUGUGUUAGGUAUGGGUUUCUGUUUUACUGAUUUUAGAAAAUGUAUGGAUGUACGUAUAUUGUGAACUCACGCACUGAGUAGUGUCAAGUUGAUUAGUAUUUGAGUAUGUUAUAGUUUUUAAUAAAUAUAAUUAAUUCAAAGUUCA